UUAUAUAAAAAUGCUAAUUACCAACUUCUGUCUUGUAUCUGCAUCAUGUGCUGCAUUAAGGGCAGUUGUUUUAUUUAGAAAGGAGAAAUUUCUUUCUAAGAUGUUUACAGAUGUAGAUAAAAUGGCUCUAUACAAUCUUGAUUACAUCAAUAGUAAAGCUGAUCUACCUAUUAAUCAAUAUCUUGUAUUGACUGGAAAACUCACAUCUAAUAAUUUACAGUAUCAAAAAUAAUAAUAUUCUUAGACCUACUUUUUCUGAUAAAUCAGUCAAGGCAAUACUAUCUACAAUAGUACCUACUACUAAAGAAAAAUAAAAAGAUAUUGGAGAUGGUCUCAUGAUUAAUUUAGGCAAAGUAAUUACAUUUAAAAGAGAUCAUUUAAUAUCAUUUACACUUGGAAAUGAUACACAUUAAUUAGAUGUUAAAUAUUUACCUAAUAGAUCUCUUAUUUUAUAUAAUCUUCCUAAAUUAAGAGACAAUAUAAUGAAAAGUGAAUUGUCAUCAAUUAAAAUAGCUAACCAACACUUUUUUUAAAGUACAUAUACAGAAUUUGCUUUGAUACCAAAUUAAUAAGUUUAAUAUAAUAAAUAAAUUUUAGUAUGGAGUUUGCGGUAAACUAUAGCAAGAUGGUGUUUUCAAUCCAUUAAUUAUAUUAGGAUCAUCUAAAGAAUCCUUUAUAGAUAGUCUAGAGGAAGAGUUAUUAAAAAUUAAUAAAGCUGCUAAAAUUUGGUUAUUAGUUAGUGGUGGCAUUACAAUAGGAGCUGCAAUAUAUGCUAAAUAUUAUAAAAAAUCAAGAAAAUAAAAAGAGAAUAAAUGA